AUGGCUUCCCUCGUAACACGGCUUCUGGGUAGUUUGCACACGGCAAAUCCCCCUUCAAAGCCCGGGCAUGUCGCGUCGUCCGUUGGGUUGUUUUCAGCACUGGGCGAGUUCGUUGGUAGUGCCAACGCCCUCUUUCACGCGUAUGGCGGGUCCAGCAUCAAGCUGCUGAUGCUCGGCUCCGUAAUUGAGACUGGCAGGAGGAUAUUUCGUUGGUUCAUAACGCGCUUUAGCAUUGAAUAUUGCACGACCAUUAGACUCAACAGCGGGGACCCGGCAUACGAAUGGGUGGUCCUGUUGUUGACCCAAGAGAACGUUUGGCGCCGGUCGCGUGAAUUUGUCGUUACCGCUAACAAUUCGCGUCGCAAAUGGGCUGUACGGGCUACCACCAAAGAAGAAGGGUCCAAGAUCAAUGCAGAGUAUGUUCCAACAUACCAAAGACCGCAGCUCUUUCGAUGGAGGGGAUACUGGGUGGAAAUCCAGCGCUUAGGAAACGUAAACGCUGUCGAAACACCCGCUGGGCCCUAUGGAGGCCAAGGGACGAGUAUGUCUGUGACUAUCUACACGCUUGACAUGAAUGUUCUCUCCGACUUUGUCGAAGAUGCAUACGACCGCUACGUCCAGGUCAAUCGACCUCAUGUCGUCGUGCAUAUGAUAGACUCAAACUUUGGUCCAAAUCAGCUUUGGACGAGUGUCAAGCACAAGAUGAAGCGGCCGCUAAGCUCGAUUAUUCUGCCAACCGGGGUAGUCGAUUCCAUCGUGGAAGAUGCAAAGGAGUUCAUUAACACCGAAAACUGGUAUGCGGAGGCAGGAAUUCCUCAUCGAAGAGGCUACUUGUUGUAUGGGCCGCCAGGAACGGGAAAAACUUCAACGAUAUACGCUCUUGCUGGAGCGCUGAACCUCGAGAUAUAUGUUCUCUCACUGUCGUCUCGCUUUGUCGAUGAUGCAUAUCUGCAGCGAGCAGCUAGCGCCAUUCCCAAACACGGCAUUUUUGUUAUCGAAGACAUUGAUUGCGCCUUUCCCUCCCGAGAUGACGAUGAUGACAUGGACGAUGCUGCCUACACUGCUUUCAUGCACAACACAAAUCCCCACCGGUCUGUGCGUGGAAUGGCGCGCAUGGCAGUCCCAGCUGCUCGUACUGCGGUGACUCUUUCCGGUCUCCUCAACGUUAUCGACGGUGUCGGCUCGGAAGAGGGGAAACUGUUCUUUGCGACCACCAACCACAUCGAGCGCCUUGACCCGGCACUGUUGCGUCCCGGAAGGAUUGACGUCAAGCUCCAAUACGAGUAUGCUACGAGAGACCAGGCGGAGGCAUUGUUCACGCGGUUCUUCCCAGAACGACGAUUCCCGCAGUUUACUGCCAACGGUGUACAUCAAGAUGAGCCACGAGCAUCACCGCCUCCAGCGUAUUUCCGCCAACCGCUUACGGCCGACCUUCCUGACCCGGAUUUGGACUCUCAGCCAUUGACUCUGCCUUUCCUCGCCAACGUUUUUGCGUCGCGUAUUCCGCCUGGCGAGUUCACGACCGCAGAACUGCAGGGCUAUCUCCAAGGCUUCAAAACGGCGCCGGUGAAUGCCGUCCGAGGAGCCCUUGCCUGGGUCGAACGAGAACGGACGGAACGCGAUGAGAGAAUGCGGGAGAGGGAGCAACGGCGGAUAAAAGUGAAGGAGCGGAGAGCUGCAAUGGCGAAUGCGGCGCCGGGCCUUACGGUCUCUUACACCCAGCCACCGGCCUCCGCGACAAGAAUCAUACCCGGCAGCUCUGUCGUUGUUAACGGUGGGCCUGCGGUGCCUAUGGUAGUUCCUGGUGUCGCAACGCCACCUACCGCGCCUGUCGUCACGGUGCCGCAAAUUCCAGAGACGCCAGCUCACACUAAUGGGAUGAAUGGAUAUCAUGGUGUUGAUGGGGAGAAGUCGCCCCCUACCAAGCCACCCGUCGAAAACAACUGA